AUUGCUAUUUACUAUUGCUCCUGCUCAUUCUAAUGGGUUCAGUCUAUCGAUUAAGGUUGUUUUCCUGUGAAUGAGAUCACCCUCAGUUAUUGCUCCUGCUUAUUCUAAUAAGCUCAGGGUGUGGUUUAAGAUGUUCUGCCUACAGUCCAGACGAGGAAGCAAUGGGGAGGUCUACGAAAGACUACCCCUAUUACCAAAAUACGUUGUUAGAGUUCGACAGUAUGGGAAUCACGUAGCCUUAACUAUUGAUGAUAUUGACAGAAGGUUUGAUAAGGUCACGUGGGAAAGAAACGGAGCGAAAAUAGGAACCAACAACCAGAAAUUUCACAUCAUCGUGGAUCUGCCAAACGUUGUCUCAUUGGUAAUUCAUGAUGUCACAGUCAAUGACAGCGCCACCUAUCAGUGCAUAUUGAAGUCUGGAAGUAAGAUGGAGAGAAGUGAACUUACUGUACUCGAAUUUUGUCCAAUCAAAUUAGUUGGACCUGCAUUCCAGGUAAGGACAGAAUUAACAAGAGCACAAAUACGAUCACGGUUGACACAUCAACCCAUCCUUUCAACGAAUUGGCGAAGUCGGAACUACGUCAAGUAUGACGUCAUUAUUAGCAGAGUUAAAACAACAAAAGAUAUCAAUAAAGAUCCUUUCUGUCAGACCACAGAAACAGCCAUCACAAGAACUCUUCACUACGGCGUCCUCUUAAGUAAAAACUCAAGGCUUCACUGGAAGGCCCUUAAAGGUAUGUCUGUAAUCAACGAUAUUUAUCAGCGAUUCCAUAAUACGACAGUACAUACAAGGACACCCCAGGAAUUCAGGAAAAAGUGCAAGGCAUUAUCAACUCUCAAGUGUUCCGAACGUCACGUGACCUUUGCCUCUGAUGACGUAGAGUUCGCGACUCUGUGGACAUUCUUACAACAUGGUAGCAUUACAAUCAAGAUGGAUGCGUUGUUUGAAAGUCGAAAUUUAAUGAUUGUGAGGAGAUACUUCAGGAGUGACAGGUACAGACCAGAGGAGAACGAGAAGUGUGUCUGUUUACCGGGAAUUUAUCGUGAAACACUGAAAUCUAAAACUGUAGAAUUCAGAGCAUGUCACAAUAAACCACGACUUGGCUGAAAAUUACUCACUGUUUUAAGAAAAAAGACCAAAUGGCUUUAAGAAAAUGAAAGCACGCACUUAUGAAAGACCUUUCUGUGCAUUUUCUUUAUAUGGUUUUCAAAGAUCACAUAUUUGUAUCCUGUUGAGCCGUAUAUUUAUCUCUAGAUUAUUGCAGGAUAUUUUUUGUUUCAUAACUUCAUCUAAAAACAGACUCUUUUUUAUUUAUUUCUCAUGUUUGAUAUUCAUAUACUACACAUAAGUUCAAAAACAAUGCAUUAUAAAUUCAUCAACUGGUCUUCAAACAAAUGCCCUAUCUGCAAUUUUUCUUAUUGUACUGUUUAUGAGAGUUGAACAAUGUCACAGCCUAUAAGACAAAAAAGAUACUCAUUAUGUUUAUUAUAAAACAUUGAAUCAUUGGAUGUAAGGAUAUCUAAAAUUAAAAUAAAUGGUAUCUAUGUCUUCAA